GAUGUCCUACCAGAACCUAACGUUCGCUAUAUAAUGUCAAGAAUCGUGGAAAUUUUCUGGUGUUAAAAAACUCUGCUUCUUGUUUCUCUGUUGAGAUAAUCGCUUGCAAUUCAUUAGGUUUGUUCCUGAUCCAAUCGUUUCCAUUGUUCAAUAUAUUGUUUAAUCGAUUUCUUAGCUAUCGCUUUCUGUUUCUGCAAAAGAAUCUUGAUCUGGGUAUUGACAGAUUUGGCUCUGCGAAUUAAGAAAUUGGUUAAAAUCAAAAUCUUUGAUUGAGCUGUUUGAGAAAUGGAUGUGAAACUUGCGCAACGAAUGCAAUUUUCUACUACAUGGAUUGAUUUGGACAAGCUCGUAAGGAAACAUCCCAGCGGUUCAUUGAGGUUUACUUGGGGACUGAAGGAAAAGCAGAAAUUGCCAGUGGUGGUUUCGGCUCAUUUUCGACCCAAGAGAAACAAAAAUGGGCAUAGAUUGGUUUCUUUGGAGGUUUUAUUUUCUCAUAAGAACUUUCCAGCUACAGUACUGGAAUCUGGAAGUUUCCAUGCUUCUUCUGAUGAAUCGCUGAUUUUGAAGAAUAGGUCAGAAGAGGUUGGGCCUUAUAUAAAUGGACGCUGUAUAUAUCUUGUUGGAAUGAUGGGCUCUGGAAAAACCUCUGUGGGCAAGAUUCUCUCGCAAGUACUUGGUUAUUCAUUCUGUGACUGUGACACAUUGGUGGAGCAGGAGCUGGAUGGAACUUCAGUAGCUGAAAUCUUUAAGCUCUAUGGAGAGGGCUUCUUCAGAAAUAAAGAGACCGAGGCCUUAAGGAAGUUAUCUAUGAUGCAUCGGCUUGUUGUUUCUACUGGUGGAGGUGCAGUUAUACAGCCCAUUAAUUGGAAAUACAUGCAAAAGGGGAUCAGCAUCUGGUUGGAUGUGCCUUUGGAAGCCUUGGCACAGAGGAUUGCAGCCGUGGGAACUAAUUCUCGCCCACUUUUGCAUCAUGAAUCAGGCGAUGAAUAUUCGAAGGUUUUCAGGCGUUUGUCCAUUCUUCUUGAAGAAAGAGGUGAAUGUUAUGCAAAUGCCAAUGCCAGGGUUUCUCUGGAAAAAAUUGCAGCAAAACUAGGAUAUAGAGAUGUUUCCAGUAUCACACCAACUGCAAUUGCAAUUGAGGCUCUAGAACAAAUUGAGAAUUUCCUAGAGGAAGAGGAGGGCAUUGCCUUUAAUGGGAACUUUGCGUAACAAGCCCUGCUCAUUAUGCUUUGUGAUUUUCUUCCUAUUUGAGCCGUAGCUUAUGCCAUGUUUCUAUUUUUUUUCACAGAACAUGGCAUGUUGCUUGUAUUUAUUGGUUAUCAUAUAGGAUGCAAGUAAUGUGUGAGGUUCUUGUUGUGUGAUGCUGAAAAUGCAAUUUCUAUGUACAGUGAAUUCACACUUGCUCUAUAUCACAUGUUAAAAAGUGAAAAGGCUUGCAUUAACCAUUGAUUAUGCAAGUCCAUAGCAGGUUGAGUUUUGUGGGUUCCAAUCUUGCACAUAUAAAGGAGAUUAUGUGACUUUGUGUUAUACAUCCUUGAACUUGGCAAAUCAUAUUGGAGUAAACUGAAUUUUGCUA